AUGUGCAUCAGCAGGAGACUCCUAGGCGGAUCCUCCUUCAAGUUCAAAUUCGUUUUGGUGCCGCCCAGAGGAUCAGCUCCGCCUCCGGCCGGCGCCGUCAAACAGCGGAUCCUGAGGCCUUAUUUACUGCAACAGUUGAAUCUAUGGUGGGCCCUGCAAGUUUUCUACCUCAGUCAAGGUCUUCCCCAUCCCAGCUACAAACAGAGUCACCCUUCAGACCCUUCUAUUACAUCUCAACUGACUGAACCUGAUGAUGUGACACCAAGCUGUUCUGAGAGCGCAUACAGUAAGGCAAAGAAGAGAGAGCUUCAUGCCUGGGAUGCAGUCAAGGAUGAGAUGCUUAAGGUGACGUUUGAAUGUUCAGCACCGAUCACUACCCAGUGUGCUGUCUGCCGAGAACAUGCUGAUUAUAGGUGCAUUGAGUCCAGCUCCACUGCAGUGUUCUGUGAGGUUUGCCUGAAGAGGAUUCACAGAAAUUUACUGCAUCUUCCUGAAAAGUGGAAUAGUGUUUACUAUGAGCCAUCCUCCCUGGGGUUAUUCUUAUAUUUACCUGAAGCCCAUGGCACCCAUGCUGUGAACACAAAGGACAUGAAGAUCAUUGUCAGCACAGGACGGCUCUGCACCGUUACAGACACCAUGUGUGCGUGUGAACCAGAAACCUGUACUCUGCUGAGAUAUGGGCUCCGGCCAGCAACAGCCACAAGCCCCAGACAGACAGCCUUCUCCAUCCCUCUGCUAGAGCUUUCUGUUUCUCUGUCACUGGAGUGUCAGGUUUCUGUUGAGGGUUUUUGCAACACCCCAUAUCCCAUUUUAGGCAUCACCACUUCCGACAAAGAAGUUUGGUUGAUAUUUGCCCACAAUUAAAUGAUGGAACAAUAUGCCCAGCAUGUCCAAAGGCGGAUGGAGAUAUGAUUGUCACAUUGGAUGCCAACUUUGGCCUUGUGAGGAAUCAAAGCUCUGGUACAAGUGUGGUUGAUCCAUUACACAGAACCCGCAUGUUUAGAGGAAUACCUGCUAUCACAUCUUGACAGCUCAAAGCCUCGAGGUGAAAACUUGUGAAAAAAGAUCACUAUUCCUCUCAUAAAUCUAUGUUUUCCUUAAAUAUUUAGGACUGCAGUAAGCUGCUCUCAUUCAAGGUAUUAUAAUAUAAUAUAAUAUAAUUACUUUACUGCGUUACUUGUGCAGACAUGUUGUUUUACUAGGUCUGAUCUAUUUUAAAGCUUAGGCACUGUAUUUAAGCAUACAUAUCCCCACUAGUCUGUCUGUAUGAGUACAAAAUUAAAAAAUAAACUGUCUAUAAUUGUUACUGUACAAGCACAGUAAAAUAUUUAUAUAAAAAAUAUUGCACUACUGUUAUUUUGCAUAGAAUACAUUGUUCAACAAUAUUUUUGCACACUCAUCCAACUGCAUUUAUUACCACUGUUCUCACGUUCCUGCUGUUCAUAAUAUAUAUAUAAUCCUUCAUUGCUCUGUUCAUAAUGUACAUACAAUCCCUACAUUGCAUUCAUAUUUAUAUUCUGUAUAUACUCUGAUCAAUAUUGUAUAUAGCAACUCCACUGUACAUUCUGUAUAUCAUAGCUUUACUUACUCUGCACUUUUAUGUAUAUAAAACACUAUAUUCUUGCACUUCUGGUUGGAUGCUAACUGCAUUUCAUUAGCUCUGUACUGUACUCUGCAUAAUGACAAUAAAGUUGAAUCUAAUCUAAUCUAAAAAAAAAAAA